CGCCGGGGAAGGGCGUGGUGUCCGCGCCGCUGCGGCCCGUGGGGUCCCCGAGCCCGCCCGGAGCAGGGUGCUGAGGGCGCCGGUCCCCGACGCCGCUUCCCCGGGGACGCCCUUCCCCUGGGCGAUACCCGGCAAGGGAGGGGAGGAAGGGGCUGCGGUUCUGACCUAGCGCCCCGCUCGAGCGCUUCAAGGUCCGCUGUGGCUGUAGGAGGGUCCCUGCCUUUAAAUCGCUGAUGACAGCGACGCUCACUUGGCAGUUCUCCGAGACGCUUUUCGUGGAGGUCUGCACCGUUCUUCGUGCCUGCGGCAGGAGAGGAGCAUUGGCAUCACCUAAAGUCAGAAUUCCCAGGAACUUGAGCAGAAGCUCCCAGUAAUUGCUGCAGAGAGAUAACUCCAAAGAAGGUGGGAAAGAAUACAGCAGUGCUUCCUCUUUCUCAUUCAGAAAACCUAUUUCCUGCUGCGUCUGCAAAUAGGAGACCAGAGACAGGAGCUUCUGGCCUUACCCAUGGAAACUCAGGCUGAUCAUGCAUCUCAGGAACCUCAGUCCCUGCUUGAGAGUGGUCUUCCUUCCUCAAAAGUUCCCACGUUUUCCAACAAGGACAGUCUGGGGGAUAAGAUGCUGGCAGCUGCACUCCUAAAGGCCAAGUCCCAGGAGUUGGUGACAUUUGAGGAUGUGGCUGUGUACUUUAUCCGGAAGGAGUGGAAGCGUUUGGAACCUGCUCAGAGGGAUCUCUAUAGAGAUGUGAUGCUGGAGAAUUAUGGGAAUGUAUUCUCAUUGGAUGGUGAGACCAGAACUGAGCAUGACCAAGACAUUUCUGAAGAUACAGAAUCAGAUGGGGUGCUAUUGGGAAGAUUCCAAAAGGAUAUUUCUCAGGGUCUUAAGUUUGAAGAAGCCUAUGAAAAAGAAGUCAGUCUCAAGAGGCAGCUGGGGAACUCUCCUGGAGAAAAACUGCGUAGGAAGACACAAGAUUUUGGUCAAGUGACAGUUGAGGAAAAGCUAACCCCCAUGAUAGAGAGAAGUGAGAAAUAUGAUUUUGGGAACAGCUUCACUGUGAGUUCCAACCUUAUUUCACAUCAGAGACUCUCUGUGGGAGACAGACCCCAUAAGUGUGAUGAAUGUAGCAAGAGCUUUAAUCGAACUUCAGACCUUAUUCAACAUCAGAGAAUUCACACUGGGGAAAAACCCUAUGAAUGUAGUGAAUGUGGGAAGGCUUUCAGCCAGAGCCCACAUCUGAUUCAGCAUCAGAGAAUCCACACUGGAGAGAAGCCCUAUGAAUGUAAUGAGUGUGGGAAGGCCUUCAGCCAGAGCUCACACCUCUACCAGCACCAGAGAAUCCACACUGGAGAGAAGCCCUAUGAAUGUAUGGAAUGUGGAGGAAAGUUUACCUAUAGUUCAGGCCUUAUUCAGCAUCAAAGAAUUCACACAGGGGAGAAUCCCUAUGAAUGUAAUGAGUGUGGGAAAGCCUUUAGGUAUAGUUCAGCUCUUGUUCGCCAUCAGAGAAUUCACACUGGAGAGAAGCCUUUGAAUGUAAUGGGAAUGAGCAAAAGUUCUCUCAGAGUUACUGCUGAAUUAAAUAUCAGAGAGUCAACCUGAAAGAGAGCCACACACCUGUUUUUCUCACUUCCUCUGCGUCUGAAGACCCCCUGCCUUACUAUAAAAGUAUGAACAACUUAGGAUGUGUCCCUUCUGAUGCAAAUCUUCCACUUUAGAGAAUGGGGAAAAUUGGGCAGGUCGUCCUGGCACAGUGAUUAGCAACCUGGUCAGUUUCCCCAGGAACAAUACCAGCCUUAAAAAAUUAGGAGGCAAGCAGCAGAUUAAGUGCUGGAAAUGGAGGGAAGCUCUGGGACCAACCACCUUCCAUUAUGGAAGGGAGUUUGCACUAGACCGUAUUUCUCAUACCAAGGGAGCCUUUCUUACCAGGGUGAGGGUGGAAGCACAGUAGGAGUAAAAUUCUAAGGAUUCCUAUUGGAGUCAGUAUAGUCAGCACAGAUGGCAGUGGAAAGAAUGUUCUGGGUCCUGUUACUGAGAAAGGGGAAAGGAAUUUCAAAUGCGUUGAAGUAACUGCAAGCUGUUAAAAAAAGAAAAAGAAAGGGGAAAGGAUGCUGUACGUGGAAGCCACUGUUCCUAAUCCAGCUUUAAGUUUUGAUAAGGAAAUAGGGUGAUGAGGGAUUUGUUAUUUGAUUGGGGGCGAGGAGUUUCUGAAAGCAUCCUGGCAAUUUUAUUGGAGAACUCAGGACUAAUAAUUGGGAAAUAUAACUAAUCAGUGAGUCUAACAUGAGGAAAUGGAUCAAAAGCAUUUAGCAUUAGUCUUUGUUUUCUUUCCUCUUCUCUCCCUCUUCCUCAUCACUCCUGUGAUAAGAAGUUAUUUAAUUAAAACCCUAGUGACUAAGGAUGCUUUUAAGGAGCUUGCUCAGCCAGCUUGCCCUGCUCUCUGUCACCUAUGACCUGUAACAUCUGGCCCAGCAGCCAAACUUCUGACCCCACCUCUGACUUCAACAGCAGAGUAUGAAUGCAAACAAAGAGCAAAGCCCAGAGAAGGAAGGCUCUGGCCUGUGCCUGGUGGCAGGGCUCCUUGCUGGGUUAAGAUGGAGCUCCUGAAUUUACCAGCUGGAGGGAUGGCCUCAUGAUGUUUUCCCAAUCCUGCUCAUCCUGUAGCAUAAAUGAAGUGCACUAUUAAACAGAAUAGUUUUUCAGAA